GGUAAUUCACUCUUGUUGAGCUUUCAAGAUGGUUCUCGACAUUGACAUGUUCCGUACUGAAAAGGGUGGAAACCCAGAAAUCAUUCGUAAGUCGCAGCAGGACCGUUUCAAGGAUCCGAAGUUGGUCGACGAAGUGAUUGAAUUGGAUGAGAAAUGGAGAAAGGAGAGAUUUGUGGCUGAUCAACUUAAUCGCCAGAAGAAUGCUAUUUCUAAAGCUAUUGGGGAGAAAAUGAAGAAGAAGGAACCACAAGGAACAGACGAUUCCGUUGCUGAUGACAUUGUCGCACGUCUUGCUGAAUUGAAAAUUGAUGAGCUGUCUCAGUUAACCGUUGUUCAACUGAAAAAGCUCAGAGUCCUUGUCGAUGAGAAGUCUGUUCAAACUGCAGCUGCCGUCAUCGCCAACGAAAAUGCACGCCAUGAGAAGCUCAUUCAAAUCGGAAACUUGAUUCACUCUAGUGUCGUCGUAUCAAAAGAUGAAGCUAACAACAAAAUUGAGAGAACUUUCGGAGAUUUAAGCACCAAGAAGAAGUAUUCACACGUUGAUUUGGUUGUGAUGGUUGAUGGCUUUGAUGGAGAGCGCGGAACAGUUGUUGCUGGAGGUCGUGGAUAUUUCUUGAAGGGCCCACUUGUCUUCUUGGAGCAAGCUAUUAUUCAGUUAGCUCUGCAACGUCUCAAUGUCAAGGGAUACGUUCCACUAUAUACUCCAUUUUUCAUGAGGAAAGAGGUCAUGCAAGAAGUUGCUCAACUAAGUCAAUUCGAUGAUGAACUCUACAAGGUCAGCUCGAAGGGAUCGGAAAUCGCAGGUGAUACAUCUGUCGACGAGAAGUAUUUGAUUGCAACUUCUGAACAGCCAAUUGCCGCCUAUCAUCGAAAUGAGUGGAUCAAAGAGACUGAGCUUCCAAUCAAAUAUGCUGGUGUCUCCACUUGCUUCCGACAAGAAGUCGGAAGUCACGGUAGAGAUACACGCGGUAUUUUCCGUGUUCAUCAAUUUGAAAAGAUCGAGCAAUUCGUUCUGUGCAGUCCCAACGAUAAUGAAUCAUGGACACUCUUCGAUGAGAUGAUUGGAAAUGCAGAGAGCUAUUACCAGGAGCUUCAAAUUCCAUACCAAGUCGUCAAUAUUGUCUCUGGAGAACUCAACAAUGCUGCCGCGAAAAAGUUCGAUUUGGAAGCCUGGUUCCCAGGAUCUGGAGCUUAUCGUGAGCUUGUUUCGUGCUCUAACUGCUUGGAUUAUCAAUCCCGGCGACUCAAGGUUCGAUAUGGACAGACCAAGAAACUGAGUGGAGAGGUUCCAUUUGUACAUAUGCUCAACGCAACAAUGUGUGCUACAACUCGUGUCAUUUGCGCCAUCCUCGAAAAUAAUCAAACUGAAGAAGGAAUCAAUGUACCAACCGCUAUUCAACAAUGGAUGCCAGAAAACUACCGUACAUUCAUUCCAUUCGUUAAACCAGCGCCGAUCGACGAGGAUGCCAAAAAGGCGACAGGAAAGAAAUAAAUCGAAACAAUUUCUCAUAUUAAUUGCGAGUUAAAUAAGUUUAAUGAAUGAAUCAAACAGC